CCGGAAAUUAAUUUCCCCUUAGCGACCCCAUUGUUAUUAUUCUUCGCCGUUAUUGUUCCUAAAGCCAAAGCAUAUUCCGUUUCCCAUCUCUUUGGUCAAAAGAUCCCAAAACAUCAGAGAAAGAAAGAAAAAUCAAAAAGCUUAACGUUUUCAUCUAUGUUCGUCGUCUUCUCAGAUUCUGUUUUCCUUUAAUUUCUCUCCUGGAAUCAUUGGAACAAUUAAGUAUUUCACUCUUGAAAGCUUAAAUGCAAAAUAUGGAUUCUAAUGGUGGAAACGAAUUACCAAAGAGGAGUUUUUUAACAAAUGGGUUGUUUUCUCAAUUACAUAUACCCGAAAGCUUCGCCUUUGAAGCAUUUAGUUGCAUCUCCAAGUUUACAGGAGCUUUGCUCUGUUGGUUUUCAAAUGGGAACAACUUGCAAAAAAGGGAAAUAUCUAACUAUCAAUGGAGCCUAAGCUCUGAUGCCAAGAGUUAUCCGAACAUCUCUGUGUUCCAUUUACACUAUGGAACAAGAUAUUUGAUCCCUGGCUUCUUUGGAAACAUUUCUAAAUCCAAUAUUCAGCAUUUUGUUAAUGAAGCUGAGAGGCUACACUCUUGUUCUGUGCUCUCCUUGGCUGUCUCAUUGAUACCAUCUUUACAAAAUAUGGCGGUGAAUGGACUUGCUCUGCCACGGGGGAGUAAUGAUGUUAAACUACAAGAGAACAUUGACCAGAGGACUUGUCUGGUUCGCCGUGAGGAAUAUAGUGGUUUGAGUUUUCACAAAUUGGACUGGAAAAGACAAACAGUUGAGCCUCGAACUGGAAUCGAAUUCCCGAUGUUGAAGAAAAAUGCUUCCGGAUUCACUUCUGAGGUGCUUGUUGCAACUGGAUCUCGGACAAUCCAAUUUAUCAGGAUUAAAUCUCUAAAAGUAUAUGCAUUUGGUUUUUAUGUUCAUCCUUCCUCUGUCUGCCAGAAGCUUGGUCCAAAGUAUGCCUCUAUUCCAGAUAGCAAACUUGACAAAUGCGAUGACUUAUGCAAAGACCUUCUUAGGGAAGAUAUUGUUAUGAGUGUGAGGCUUGUGGUUAACUACAAUGGCUUAAAGAUCAAUACUGUGAGAGAUGCUUUUGAGAAAUCCCUGCGUGCUCGUUUGGUUAAGGCAAAUCCAAAAACUAAUUUCCAUUGCUUGAAUGAUUUUGGUUCAUUCUUCACACAAGACAUUCCAAUACCCGCGGGAACAGUUAUAGACUUUCGACAAACAGCUGAUGGACAACUAAUCACAGAGAUUGGCGGUAACCUGAUUGGAGCUGUCCGUAGCAAGGAUCUUUGCAGGGCAUUUUUUGGUAUGUACAUUGGAGAUGUUCCAGUGUCUGAGCAGACAAAAGAGGAGAUUGGUAGGAACGUGGUGGGAAUAAUAAAGACGUGUUGAGAAGUAAUAAAUUUCCAAUGGCUUCUGAGUUUUUGAAGAAAGCAAUUGGGGAUAUGGACUCUUCAUCUCUUGUGAAUGAAUACGGAAUAUUGGAAUGUACUUAGUAACCAGCUUGACACAAGUUGUAUUAAAUUUGUCUUUUGAUUUGUUGCAUGAAAGUAUGAUCGUUAUUGUAUCAUUGAUGAAGGCAAAAGAAAGUGAUCAUCUGAUUUUAAUAGCUGGACUUAAAAGAAGUGAUAUUGAUACAAGAGUUUUCACUCUCUUGUGACUCAAUUUCUUAAGUCCUAUGAUUAUGUCAUUGUAGCA